AUGGCUCCCGCACAAUCAGAUUUAUGUCGUCCCACUGGCAGAACAUCGAGGAAGCACCGGCAUGAAAGCGGCUGGUCUAGGUUGCUAUUUGCAUUUCGAGUGCUGAUAUGCAGCCUGGUAAUCAUUUCACUAGUGCUCUACAAGUUCUGCGACCCCGCUUUCUUGCCAAUCUGCAAUCUUCCUCGUUUUUGGCUUGCAGGUCCUUGUAACAGGCUUGCAGGUCCCCUACCUCCUGGCGUUAAUUCUACUACAUGCCCCCAAUGGACGGCUUUACAUCCAACCAAGCAUCGUGGGCUCAGCGAAGACCUGGAUGUAGCAUACAGCUCAGAAGACUUCAAGCAAAGAGCAAUUCAGGCCCUCGGAGACGCAGUCCGUGUACCGACCGAAUCGUACGACGAUAAUGGACCGGUCGGCGAAGACAGCCGAUGGGAUACAUUCGCAGAACUUCAUCGAGUUCUUGAGGCCUCGUUUCCUCGCGUUUACGAGUCCCUCGAUGUCACCAAAGUCAACACAUAUGGUCUGGUUUUUCACUGGCAGGGAUCGACUUCGGCAAAGCCUUACAUCUUGGCCGCUCAUCAAGAUGUUGUACCAGUUGAAGGUCAAACAGUUAAAGAGUGGAAACACGAUCCGUAUUCGGGGUACUAUGACGGCACGUGGAUAUGGGGUCGUGGUACUUGCGAUGACAAAAGUGACUUGAUACGACAAUUGCUCGCCAUCGAUUCCUUAUUAAAGGAAGGUUUCUCUCCUGCACGCACCCUUAUACUUUCGUAUGGAUUCGACGAAGAGUCCAAAGGCAUAGAGGGUGCUGGUCAUCUUGCUCGAUACUUGGAGCAAACGUACGGGCGCGACUCUUUUGCCUUACUUCUUGACGAAGGAGAUCUUUACACGGACAUGGGUGGCAUUGUUUUUGCGACUCCCUCAAUAUCCGAGAAGGGAUAUCUUGAUGUAAAAAUCACAGUUUCAACUCUCGGUGGUCAUUCGAGUGUACCACCUCCUCAUACGAGCAUUGGUCUCCUCUCCCGUUUCAUAACAGUGGUGGAGGAUAAUUCGCACCAAGCCAGCCUUUCCCGAACAGGAACCCUGUUUGCGACGACGCAGUGCCUUGCGGCCUACAAUCCAGUGUACCCCGAAGACUUGCGAAAGCUCGCAAGAAAAGCGGUUGCAGAUGAUACGGCUCUGAAGGUGCUUCAAGAGCGACUUUUGGCUUCGGAUCCCCUGUACAAAGCGAUGCUCGGGACCACGCAAGCAGUAGACCUCGUUGAAGGUGGCGUGAAAAUUAACGCUCUCCCAGAGCGUGCUAGCGCAGUGGUCAAUCACCGCAUCGCAGAGCAUAGUUCUGUUGGCGAGCUGCAGCAGCACAUGAUCGACCUUUUGACCCCGUUGGCAACCAAGUAUGACCUCGCACUCGUCGCGUUUGGCAGCAACGUGACUUGUGGUGGUGCUGGUCAAGUCGUUCUGUCCGACUUCCUCGGGACGGCCUUGGAACCUUCGCCUGUGACGCCUACUGAGUAUGGUCCUUGGGCACUUUUGCAAGGAAGUAUUAAAGCUGCUUUUGAGAGCUCCCCUACCCGCAACAGCAAGCAAGGUCGUGGUUAUACCCUCUCUAUCUAUUGGUACGUUGGUUGUCGGGUUUACACUCAAUUCUACUGGAAUUUGACCAAGCAUAUUUUCCGCUUCUCGCCAUCCUUUGACACUGAUCGUUUCAAUGGAGAACACACUGUUAAUGAAGGCAAGCCUUUCCGUGCAGACAGCUUGAAUGAAGGUGUUCGUUUCUACACCAAGUUUAUCUUGAAUGUGGACGAAAGUGAUUUACCGUGA